AUGGAUAAUUUCGAUAUUGACACAUACUUUGAAUUUAAGACAUAUGAAGAAUUUCGAAAAGAACGAUUGAAAUUAAAUUAUGAUUGUACAUUAAAAUUAUGGUAUUCACUACCUGAUACUCUACCAACAAAUGAUAAUAAUCGAGUGAGACGACAAACACGUAAACAACAACGAGCACGUUUCAGAAAAAUAAGACAUUAUUUGGUUUAUGCUAUAUUGUUCAAGAAAACAUCUCUUAAGAAGAAAAUUAAGUCAACAGUUUUUCGACUAUGGAAUGAAACAUUAAAUAUCCCCCCAUCAAAUGAUGAAUUUAUUCGUGAUUUACAUCAAUUAAUGGGUCGAGUCACUGUAGAGUUUUGUAAUAGAGGACGACAAUAUGAUCCAACAAUCAGUUAUGAAGAAUUAUUUAAAGCUGGUCGAAGUGUUUGGUUUAUGAGUGCUUUUCACCUUGAAUGCAAUUUACCUUUAAGUUUCACUGAUUCUAUGCUUGGUUAUAAUAUGCUUUAUCCAUAUACAGAUGAUUUAGUCGAUUGUAACGAUAUAAGUCGAGAAGCAAAAGCCGAUUUUGCAAAAAUUUUUCAUGAACGACUAUUGGUUGGUGAACCAACACAUGAUCCUCAAGUACAUUUUGAUGGAAAACAAUCAAAUGUUACUGAAUUAAAUUUACCAUCAUCAUUACAAGCACAAGCUAAUCGUAUAGUAAAAAUAUUUGAUAUGGUUAAAUUUAUUGAAAAUGAUUGGAGACCUAGUUGUGAACAUGAAGGUGUUUAUAUGAGUUUAACUACAAUACAUGAAGCACAAAUGAAAUCAACAUUACAACAUGCAAGAACUGAAGAUGAUUAUGCACCAACCAUGGCACAAAUUGAACAAAUUAGUGCAGAAAAAGGUGGCGCAUCAGUAAUAGCUGCUGGAUUUUUACUUCAAGGCCGAUUAACAAGAGCUCAAAUGGCUUAUUUAGAAUAUAUAGGAUUUGGUUUACAAUUAAUUGAUGAUUUACAAGAUCUAAAAGGAGAUAUGAAAAAUAAUCAUCGAACAGUUUUUACUCAAACUCUUGCUGAAGGUCGAACACUAGAUGCACCCACAGCACGUCUUAUACAAUAUUGCUAUUGUGCACCAGCAUAUGAAAAAUUUAGUGAUGAUCAACGUACAGUUUCAGAUGGAGAAACUGAUGUUACAUUAGCUCAAUAUGUUCGAGCUUUAAUGAUGAUGUUGUCUGUUUUAUUGGUUUUAGAAGCUGCAUCUCGAUUACGAAAAUAUUAUUCAAGAAAAUUCUAUCGUGAAUUAUCUUCACUAAGUCCACUUAGAUUUCAUCAUCUCAAAUUAAUUCAUAUUGAAAAAAGACUUUGGAGUCUUGUACAAAAACAUUGGUUUAAUUAA